AUGACCGGGAACGUUGUCAUUGUAACAGGUGCGAGUGGAGGGAUAGGCUUCGAAACAGCUUUGGACUUAGCUAGGAGGGGGGCAAAGGUGAUAAUCGCAUGUCGCGACGACGAAAGGGGCAAACAAUCUGUAGAAACUAUUAUAAAAGCGACCAAGAAUAAGUUCGUUAGGUAUAUUCAUCUAGAUUUGUCAUCUCUUAAGUCUGUAAGGAAAUUUGUUAAAGAUUUUACAAGCACGGAGGCAAAGUUGGAUGUACUCAUAAACAAUGCUGGGGUAAUUUACCCAGGCAGGGAAAAAACUGAAGAUGGUAUUAUGAAGGAUAUGCAAAUUAACUAUUUUGGCCCGUUCCUUCUGACCGUAUUACUAGUUCCAAUGUUGAAGAAGUCGGCGCCUAGUCGGGUCGUUAUCGUGUCGUCAGCGAUGCAUAAACUCGGAAACAUUCAGAAUAUUAAUGAACAGACAGAAGGUUAUUUACAAGCUUACGCCAAUAGCAAACUUUGCAACGUCCUAUUCAGUAAUGAAUUGGCAAGAAGAUUGGAGGGGACCGGAGUCACAGUUAACAGUCUGAACCCUGGACAAGUGAACACUUCAUUGUACAGAAGUUCAUCGCUCCUGGAGAAGUUGAAGAGUUUGGUGCUGUACUUUUUCUUCAAAAGCCCCGCAGAAGGAGCGCAGACGUCCAUUUACCUGGCAGUUUCCCAUGAAUGUGACUAUAUGACUGGAUGCUACUUAGAGGAUUGCAGUGAAAGUAGAAUGUCUCCGAAAGCUAUGGAUAAGGAAUUAGCGGCUAAGUUGUGGUCCAUAUCAGAGGAACUGGUAAAACUCAGUCCGGAAGAGACUGUUUGA